UUCUGAACGUGAACUUGGCUCAGGAAGGCCAGCCGUCCAGAUCCAGCCCCUAGAACAGAGACGAGCUACAGAUUCUCCAUCCUCAGUCUUUGCAAGGGGACGACUGUGCCAGCCCGCCCGGCAGGCUCCUGGCAGCAUGGCUGGGAAGCUCAGGGCCCUCCUGCUGGCCCUUGCCCUGGGCCUGGCCCGGCCCUCUGCCCACCGGAAGCUCCUGCUGUUUCUGUUGGACGGGUUUCGCUCGGACUACAUCAGCGAUGAGGCCCUGGAAUCCCUGCCUGGUUUCAAGGAGAUUGUGAGCCGGGGGGUCCAAGUGGAUUACUUGACCCCAGACUUCCCCAGUCUCUCUUAUCCCAAUUACUACACGCUAAUGACUGGCAGACACUGUGAGGUCCAUCAGAUGAUCGGCAACUACAUGUGGGACCCCAGCACCAACAAGUCAUUUGACAUCGGUGUCAACAAAGACAGCCUGCUGCCUCUCUGGUGGAAUGGGUCGGAGCCUCUGUGGGUCACUCUGACCAAAGCCCAACGGAAGGUCUACAUGUACUACUGGCCAGGCUGUGAGGUUGAGAUUCUUGGAGUCAGACCCACCUACUGCCUAGAAUAUAAAAAUGUCCCAACAGACAACAAUUUCGCCAAUGCGGUCAGCGAUGCUCUCGACUCCUUCAAGAGUGGCCGGGCUGACCUGGCGGCCAUAUACCACGAGCGCAUCGACGUGGAAGGCCACCACUACGGGCCCUCGUCACCCCAGAGGAAAGAUGCCCUGAAGGCCGUGGACAACAUCUUCAAGCUCAUGACCCAGUGGAUCCAGGAGCGGGAGCUGCAGGACAAGCUCAAUGUCAUCAUCUUCUCGGAUCACGGAAUGACCGACAUUUUCUGGAUGGACAAAGUGAUUGAGCUGAAUAAGCAUAUCAGCCUGGAUGACCUGCAGCAAGUGAAGGACCGAGGGCCUGUAGUGAGCCUUUGGCCAGCGCCUGGGAAACACUCUGAGAUAUACAACAAACUGAGAACUGUGGAGCACAUGACUGUCUACGAGAAAGAAGACAUUCCAAGCAGGUUCUAUUACAAGAAAGGCAAAUUCGUCUCUCCUUUGACCUUGGUCGCUGAUGAAGGAUGGUUCAUAACUGAGAGUCGCGAGCUGCUCCCGUUUUGGAUGAACAGCACUGGCACGAGGGAAGGCUGGCAGCGCGGGUGGCACGGCUACGACAACGAGCUCAGGGACAUGAGGGGCAUCUUCCUGGCCUUUGGACCUGAUUUCAAAUCCAACUUCAGAGCCGCUCCAAUCCGCUCCGUGGAUGUCUACAACGUCAUGUGCUGUGCGGCAGGCAUCGCGCCCCUGCCCAACAACGGGUCCUGGUCCAGGGUGAUGUGCAUGCUGAAGGGCCAGGCCAGCCCGGCGCGGCGGGUCCCACUCAGCGGAUUGGCGCUGGCCUUCACUCUCCUCCUGCUGUUCCCGUAGCGGCUCCUUUUUGUCCCAAACACUCCGCCAAGGGGGCCUCCGCAGGGGAAAGGUUUUCAUUUUCUAUUUGAAUAAUAACUUCAUUAACACAAUCAAGGUCACACAAAUUGUAAAUAUAUUUUUCUUGGAUGAUCCUAUAUGUCCAUUCUCUACUUUUUAAAAAAAUCCAAACAAUUUUUUUUUCUGAAGAUAAGGAAAAUCUUGCACUUCAUUUGUUCAAGGGUAUGUCAUUUUUCUCUUUUUUUCCCACGUCCUAGCUCAGAGGAACUGCCUGAGCGGGGCCAGCCGGGGAGCAAACAGCCUUUAAGAGGAUGUUGCCUGGAAGCCCCGGGGCCCCGCUGUGCACGGCUUUGCACAGAGCAGCCUGUGGCCUGCGCCCUGGCCACACCCAGGAGCCAUCCUCGGGCCGAGGGUCUCCGUCCUGCACUGCGCCUUCGAUACCAGACAAAAAGCUGCUCCAUGACAGCCCUGGCUGCUGUCUGUUUGUGACCCAGUUUGUGGAGUUUCUCUGUCUUAUACAAAGUCCCCCAAAGGGUGUAUCUUAAGCUAAGGCUUGGGCCACCCAUCAAUCAAAAAUCACUAAGGAGUAGAGAACUCAGAAUAAGGUGACAGGCAUGAGUCCCCUCCCAAAGUUGGAAUGCACCAAAAAUGUCUCCCUGGCCUUGAGGAGCAGAAAAGCUCACCAUAGACCCGGCUUCUGUGUGACUCGGCACAGCGUGCCGGAAGCCUCGCCCAGAGCAGGCCCUGCGUGGCGGGGGCAUCGGC